CCGACUCAGAGGAAACACGCACACCAGGGUUCCGCACCAGGCUUCUUUCCCUUCAUCUUCAAUGUCUGGGCGGUCUCUCCCUCAUGUAGGGUUUCUAUCCGCCGCCUUUCGUGCGAGAAGCAUACGAUCGGCAAACAUGGCGGAAAGUUCGCAGGGAAACAGACGAGGUCGAGGCGGAGUCCAUCCACAGCUGGAGGACGCUUUCCAGGAGGACGAAGGGGAGCGUAGAAUCCUUAAUCGGCCAGUACGGUGGCAUGGGGUUGGGGCAUUCAGAGGAAGAAUUGGUGCUAGAUGACGAGGAUGAGGCGGAGAAAGACCCUGGGGCAGCGAGCAAAGCGGUGGAAACUUUCCCCGUCAUUGGCACCAUUCUCACGGAUAAAGUGAUAAAGUUUCAAUUUUUUCGCGAUCGGAUGGCGUCUCUAUGGUUCCCGGGUAAGGGUGUUCUGAUUCAAGAAAUCGGGGAGAAGAGGUACCUGUUUACUUUUUAUCAUUCAAUUGAUAGGAAUCGUGUUUUGAAUGAUGGACCGUGGCUGUAUGACCAGAACCUGUUAGUUUUAAAAG